AGCGCACUUGCUUUCCAGUUCAACUUGGGUUCGAUUCAGGUAUGUUUAUUGAUUCUUCACAUUCACGUUCAAUAUGAAGUUCGCAAUCAUGUUUUAGUCUGUAGAGCAACUGACGGGAACGCUAGUGCACAGAAGCCCUUAGGAAUCAUCAGGAGCACAACACAUAAUCCCAUGCUCUACUUGAAUUACACAACGCGAUGACAACGCUAUUGCAGUGGUGCACACUGGAACCCCAGGGCAUUUCUGGCCUGGCGGCUGUACGGUUUCCUACGCCAGUCCGUGUCCAGACAAUUAGUAUCUUUCCCACAGAUGCUCGUCCAUUCUUGCUGAGCCCCGAUGUCGUCGCGCGGACGGAGCCUGAGGCUUUCUUCCUGGAGGUUUACUUCAAUGCACAUCCUACUGUCUCUCCUGACGGUAAGGAAAAGCCUAAACCGACCAAUGCCCUUGUCCCAACGGUCAUCGCGUAUGCUGGUGGACGGAUGAGCUUCUCUGUCAAUAUGAGCCGUGGGACCGCCACACGGCUGAUGAUCGUCAAAGGCGGGUUUGAAACGGUUUCAAUGGCCAUCUAUGGUGAAUUGGUUAAUGACGCGAUGUCCUUGCCGUCAACGUACACACCUAAGAAUAUCCUCCCCUCUGAGCCUCCACCGGUGGCAAAAGCGAUUGACCCGUCCAUGUCUCGAGAUCCUACCCAUCUUGCUCGUCAGCUACUGGCGCUGAUACCAAAUGCUCCGCCACUACCUCUUGUUAUUCAACUAAUGUUCUGCCUCAAACCUUCGAAUGAAGAUUGGGACUUGCCCGAAUUUCCCUUCCUUCAUCCCUCGCUAGAUCAGGAAAUCGCUACUUUUGACCUUGAACAGGCUGAUACGCUCACCACGAGGCCGGUCGCUGAAGACACCAAACCCGAACAGCUUGAGUACUUCGCCAAUCUUGUCGCAGGAGCUGUAGGCGACAAGGAUGACCGACAAGCCUAUAUUGUCGCCAACAUUUUGUCCAAUGUAGCGUCACAGAUGCCAGACAUGGCCAAGACUCUUCUCCAAGCCAUAGACCUGUCGGUGGUCUUCGAUGCUUAUAAUAUGGAUGAAGUCACGCUUUACAGGCUAACUGAUGCUGCAGCAAAUCCUGACAUCUCAAGACAUUUACAGACUGACUGGUUUCUAUCCGCCCUGGACGCUAUUACCAAAGACAUGAACAAUGACCGUGCGACACGUUCAGCAGCCAGACAUUUGCUGUCCCGAAUACAGGGUUCGGCCGUCGUAGAGGAUGCUCUCUCCAAUACACAAGGCGAUUUCUCUCGUGCCGCCGAGUACCUCGCGGACGCAAGCUCGCAGGAGGCCUCCUUCGGGGUAUGGCUCGCAUCGUUUGUCACGCACGAAGGCCUUGUGAAGAAGCUGAGCGAAAAUCCUAUUAUUCCGACUUCGACCCAGUAUCCGCCGCUACUUCUCAAGCGCAACAAGCCGCUGGUUUCACAUGAUGAAUUUGUAGCAUUCGUUCGAGCGUUCAUUGGAGUUGCUUGCGUACUUGCAGUGUAUGCUUGGGCUGACAGUCUUCCCGACCGGCAGUGCCGAGAACGCGUAUUGGGUAUAUUGCGAUUGUGGCAGGACGUCGAUGGUUACCGAGAGAUACUCAAUCACCUCUUGCUUCUCCGUCAAAUGAUAUUUCGAUUGGAAUGCAUGUUGGACAACGAUCUCCCCACCAAGGCGGGAGUUGAUGCUGAACAUAUUCUUGUCAAUCUCGCACAGAACCCUCAAUCUUUCCUCUGCAUUGACUACAUGAAGUGCAUCCUCUCAUUAGAACCGCCACACUCCUUCAUCACAUACGAUGAGAGGAUGUCCAUGCGGCGCGCAGCCAUCAUCGCAGAGGAUGGUCUGCUGGGCGCGGUUGACGAGUUGACCCGCAAAGUGGAACGGCCCCCAACAGUGAAGAGCCUGCGAGGCAUUCGAGUUGCGCUUGCCAUUAUAGAGCGUGAAUUGGACGAGGAAGAUGAAUAUGACGUACUGGAAGAGUUCUGGAAGGAAGGUUCACGAGGAUGUCUAGCUUGCCUCGUCGAUGCGUUCCUCGAGGUUAGCGAAGAGCUAGAAAAGCACUUCACACUGUUUCCCCCUCCGCCAGCACCCAGUGGCCUGCUUGCAUGGCUCUUCCACACCUGCAACGACCUUCUUCGACUGAUCAUACGACUCGUGCCCGACUAUCCUCUUCCCGGACGAGCGGUUCGUUCCCUCACAAUUAGCGCUGCCAACGUUUUCUUUUGCAGUGACGCGGUCGACAUGCUCUACUCACAAUUAAGCCCACUGUGCAUCGCUGCGCAGGAGAUUAGACGAACAUGUAUCAGCCUUACUCGGGUUUUAGCCAACAUUUCACAUGAUGGAAACAAGGCAGGAGCUCAAGUGGUGCUGCGAACACUACUGGAGCACGGUUUGCAAAGCGAGGAGCGAGAUCCAGCGCAUCACUUGUUGCAGGUUUUUGGUCUCAUUGACUACCUACUCCCGAUGCCUGACACAGACGACACAUCGACUAUGUGGACACAGAAAGUGAUGCCAAACGUCCUGAAAGAGAUGUGGGCUUUCUGUCGUGUUCUGGAUACGGAGAAUAGAGCACAUCUUGUGAGACGUCUUGUGGGUUUAGAUGAUGGGGUGGUCGGCAUCGGCGAUUGGAUAUUACAGGAAGAGCUCAACGAGGUGUUGCAAACCUUAUAUCGGCUUCUGAAUCCCAAUCUUGGUGCCAACUAUCGCUUUGUCAAGCAAUAUCAGGUCGCAAAUUCCAUUCGCUUCCUACUUGAUCUCGCCUCGAGUAGUGCUAGCAUUUCAGCAUGGUUUAUUCGAUGCAUCGGUUCCGGUGAUGACCUUGCACCUGCCUUUGCAGCCUUUCUUCGGGCCAUCCUCGACGCGAAUCUCAUGUGCCAACCACUUGUACAGCUCGCACAAAGUCUGGCUUCGCACUCGUCAAUUGAUCAGGAACUGUGUCAACCACUGACAUUAACCCUGCUCAGAGGGUGCUGGACAGCAGAUCUAUCAUCCACCGACCUGGCAUCAGCCCUUCAUUCCGCAACACAGAUCAUUUCCGCUUUACCGUUUGAGGACAUCAGCCUGGAGAGAAUCACACUGGAACUGGGAGCACUUGUAUCUAGCCUGGAAGAUUCGCCACACACGACUGAUCCAUCAGUUGUGGAGGCUGUUACCGAGUUUUUGGACUGGUUCGCCGCAACAUCUCGUCCGCUAACACUACCAGGAUUCUCUCGGCAAGCAUUCUCCGCUGUGUGUGAUCAGCUAACAUCGUCUCUUAACGCGGAACAAAAAGAAGUGCUGGAUGCUAUCCAAGCAUCCCUCGAGUUCACCGAUGAUUCCGAGGUUCCGCCAGCGCCCACAAUACUCCCCGACUCUGUGAAACUCAGCAUCCAUGAUGUGGAAGAACUUCUGCAUACGGAGUUACCCAUACCGUCUACCCCUCCUCGAAAAGCAUUGGCCCAGGACGUUCUCAGCCUUGUCACUGUCUCACCUCCCACCGCCCUCAUCCGCUCUCCAGCAGCCACUGGUCUCACGAAGACAUAUUCUAACAACGAUUUCAGGCAAUUGCGCCAGACGCCUUCAGCGCGACAAAACACAAGCAGGCUUCCUAGCAUGCAUGUGGACGAUUUUCAAACCGUUUCACCUUCGACGUCGAUGGCACCUUUGCCAUCGUUGCCGCUGCCUGUCAUGGGGCCAAGUUCACCCAUGGCUAACACAAUGUCAAUACCUUUCGCACCUGCGCCGGAAGUCUUUCCAGGGUUAAAUCAAGGUUUUCAGCCACUGUGAUGGACGUUAUUUUCGUGAGGGAAAGGUAAGUGUACAAUUAUAAGAGAUGAUGAUGUAGCAAUACAUAGCAUGGACAACUGUAUGAUAGCGAAAUGCUAGAGAAAUGUAGCUGUAGAUGCAACAAGAGAAUGUGUGUACAUAAUAUGUAUAUUGUAGGGUUCUCUCCUUUUGUCGGGAUAUCUAUGGGGUUGUUUGAAUACUAGCUAGUGAUUGGUCGUGAAGUGGGAGGGAAACGCGAGUGAGUGAAAAUGAAAUGCUAG